AUGGAGGUCGUUUCGAACAUAAUCACUGUGUAUUUACCUAAUUAUUUAAGUAAUUUACCAGUUCCCAAAUCUCUAUUUGGCUUCGCGAAGCUGUCUGUUGUAGAAUGGUUUUCACUUGUACCUGUUGUGGGAACAGUAUCUUUGCUUGUGUAUGUCACUUCACAAGCUUUUAAACCUAAGCCUCCUCCAAAGAAGAACCCUGUGAACCUGAAGAUCCAAAAAGAAACACCAAAAGUGGUGAAUUUGGUGGAUAUGGAGGACCUUGCAGACAAAGUAACUUACUGCAGAUGCUGGCGUUCCAAGAAGUUCCCUCUUUGUGAUGGCAGCCACAACAAGCACAAUGAGGAGACGGGCGACAAUGUAGGGCCCCUAGUGCUGCGAAGAAAAACAGCAGCAUAGAAGUGAUACUGACCAAAGUGCUGAUCAUGAGGAACUCUCGCCUUCAGGAUUAACAUGAUAAAUUUACCUGUUAUAACAAUUGUGUGUAUGUGUGAGCAUUGAAUGUGAAAUUAAAAUAUUUAACAGUCUUUCGUAAAAUUCAGAAAAUUCAGGUCAAAAGAAUUAUAUUUUCAAAUUUGUUUGCUUGACAUUACUGAGAAGGUCUGUAGUUGUAAAUAUCAUUGAAUAUUUCAAAUUUAGUGCUAUCUAAUACCUUUGUGGGAUUUUUUAAAUGUUUUUUUUUUGAGUACUUGUUAUAUAUGAGUUAUACUUUUUUUCCGUUAUCAGAGAAAGUCUUUGUUAAACUACAAGUUCAAGUCAAAGGAUUAAAUAGGCCUAUAUAGCAUAAUUACUUGUCCUUUUUUAACACUCGCAGUGGUUACAUACAUACCUGUUUUUUUUUUAUAUAAGUGUGGAACAGUUAUGAUUCCAAUUUUGAGUGUUUGCAUUUGAAAGUAUUGAUAAAAAAUCAUAAAACAUUCUUUCUUUAAAAAAAAAAGUUAUGCAAGCAAUAUGAUAACUGUUGCUGAAAUAUUAUCAUUUGCCCCCAGAAACAGUACUGUCUAAAGACAGGUACAUACACCAUAAGCAAAGGGUGUUAACUUGAAACAGAUUUGUUUAAAGAAAUAGCAUCCCUCCAACAUGCAUAUAUAUAUAUAUAUAUAUAUAUAAACGGAAUAUAUUUCAUCAUUCCAUUAUUGCAUUUUUAUAAAGUUAUAUUUGUUUAUUAAUUAGCAUAUACAGCAGUAUGUUCAUUUUAAUCCUCAGGUGUGAGUGCUUUAUAAAACCAGGAAGUCCAUAAAGUGUAGACCUCUUGCUGUGUUGUUACAGGGUUGUAGGGCAUAAAAAUGUACUUUGGCCAAAUUUACCUUUGCAGAACAUACCUAUAUACUCCUGAUGGUACUAUACAUGCAUACAUUUAUUAUGGUUAGACGUGACCUAUCAUGCAGUCACUAAUCACAUAUAUUUUUUCUAAAAUAGCUUAAAUUUCAUUACAUGAAAAAUUGUACUUGUAUUUGAAGGUUGAUGUAAACUUUUUUACAACUCAUUAGUACAGUGUAUACAUAUAUCAUCAACAUUUGUCCACUAUAUCAUGUAAGACAAUUCUCACUAUUUGGGAAAAUUGACAGGCCUUUUUUGUUACCCUGUUACCAAACAUUUUUGAUGUCUGAUUUUCUGCUUUUCAGUUUGAUAAAGUUUGAUUUUUUGAUUACCCAGUAUGUAUGAAUUUUCACUGAUGUUUUUUGAAAGGCUUACUGUUUUCGCUGGUUUUUCACCUGUUUGAAAUGAUUAUUCAUUGAUUAUAUCGCACAGAAAUGAUGGAUUGCCUUCAACACACUAUUACAGAUAAUCAAGAUUCUAAAGGUUUUUUCUCUUUUUUUUGUAAAUAGUAAACAAAAUUGUGUGUAUUGUCAGAUACUUGUUGUCAAUACCUCGGUCUACCAUUUCAUACUGGUAAAAUAGAAGAUGUUUUGUAACAAUCUGUAUUUGAAGUUUACUUGAUAAUUCAUGUUUCUCAAAAUAAUAAAAAAAAAUAGGAAACAGCUGCUAUAAACAGAAUCUCUAUCUUCUUUAUGAUACUGGAAGGUUGUAUAAUUCUUAAAAUUAGAAGGAAAUGGCAUAAUAUGAAAACAUUGAAAAAAUUUUUUUUAAUUAUAAUAGUUUUUAUAAUUAGAUGAUAACUUCUAUAUAUGAAAAAAAAAUCCAGAUUUUCUACAUCAGGUGAAAGGAAAAUUUUACAGUAAGUAAACUUAGAAGAAAUCUAAAGGAUUCAGUACAAAUUGUAUGCACAACUUGAUAUAUUGUACACUGUUCACCUUACUAAACAGUUGAAUUGGUUUAUCUCUGAUUUGUAGACUUGUUUAUGUAUGAGGAAGUGAUUUAGACUUAAAGCAGACUGUCAAAUAAUGGAAGACAUGAGAGCACUGUAUUUUAUUUAUGGUCAAUGGAUUUUGUAAUUAAUAACAAAAAUGAAGACAAAUUGAUACUCUGGUACAAAGCAUAUUGAUGAUAAUCUUUUGACUAAUUCUUGAGUUCUACCAUUUUUUUGUAUCAUGUUUCUGAUGACAUUGUUAUUUUGUGCUUGAGCAAGUUGAUUGUGUUCAUUGGAUGAUUUUUAUGUAAAUUGAAAAUAAACAAAAUGUUGCUAA